UUAUGAUUCGCACCCAAACUACUACCACGUUGCCGACGUAUUUGUUCCUUUCAAUCGUGAAACUCUGUUGGCAUUAAAUCUCUAGUCUAACCCAGUCUCUUAUUGCUUGCAAGAUGGCUACCAACGGAGUGUCGAUGGACCAAGUCGAAGACGUUGAAUUCAAUUCUCUACACAUAUCCUCCCUCUCACCCGCCACGCAAGCAAUCCACGCCGACGACCCUCUGAAUCUCGUUGACGAUGUAGCACCACCGAUCCACGUCAGCACAACCUUCCGCUACGAAAAAGACCCAGAGAAGUUGCGUCCCUUUCACCAACGUCCAGCGCCUGUCUACGACCAGGGUGAACACUGUUACUCACGGCACACCACGCACAGCACCUCGCGACUGGAAGCCAUCCUGAGCGUCCUCCUCCACAACCCUUGCCUGACAUACUCCUCUGGCCUUUCUGCCUUCAACGCCCUCGUAACGUUCGUCAACCCGAAAAGAGUCGCAAUCGGUGCUGGAUACCACGGCUGUCACGGUGUAUUGAAGCUCCACCAAAGACUAUCUGGGUGUAAGAUACUUUCGCUAGACUGCAAGCCCGAAGAGCUGGAAAAGGGUGACUUGCUACACCUGGAAACGCCGGUCAACCCAACUGGCUUGGCGUUCAACAUCCAGCACUAUGCAGACAUUGCACAUUCAAGAGGUGCUUAUCUCAGUGUUGAUGCGACGUUCGCACCACCACCCUUGCAAGAUCCGUUCAGACAUGGGGCAGACUUUGUGAUGCACUCGGGAACGAAAUAUUUCGGUGGUCAUUCAGAUAUGCUCUGUGGUGUUUUGGCGGUCAAGAACAAGGAUUGCAUUCCACAAUUAUUAGAGGAUCGCUUGGUUCUAGGCUCGGUGAUGGGGGGACUCGAGGGAUGGCUCGGUGUGAGGAGUCUGAGAACGCUCGAGUUGCGUGUAACGAGACAGAGUCAAAGUGCGCAGAGGCUGGUUGAUGCACUUGAUGGUGCAUUGACCGGGGCGACCGUAGGCACUGGAUUGUCUCAGUCCGAUGUCGAGAUCAUCAAGUCUGUGCUCAAGAAGGUUCACCAUGCAAGCCUUCAGACCGAAGACUACAAGACUUGGUUGAGGAAGCAGAUGCCGAAUGGGUAUGGUCCGGUAUUUUCCAUCGUCAUGAAGACCCCGGAAAUGGCUCGAGCCUUGCCCAGCAAAUUACAUCUUUUCCAGCAUGCGACCAGUCUUGGUGGCGUGGAGAGCUUGAUCGAAUGGCGAACUAUGACUGACUCGACGGUCGAACAGGACUUGUUGCGGGUUAGUGUGGGUAUCGAGGACGAUAGAGAUCUGCUGGAUGAUUUGAUUCAAGGGUUCAAGGCCUUAGGAGAGCAACGGCCCUAGAAAGAAACUUUCGUUGUAAUUCGUUACGGACAUUCAUAGGCAUACAGAGGUCGGAAAAGAAUAGAACCAUGGGUGUGAAACUAGUCACACAAAGUUCUGGUACUGUCGCUGUUUGACAGGGCUGACCUCCUUGCUGGAAGCUGAUGCUGAGGUGGUGUCUUCGACAUUAGGAAUGUUGGGGUCGUGAUGUAUUCGAAGAACGUCACCCUCUCGAAAAUGGUCCUUGAGAUUGCGAUCAGGCCGCUCCAUGACUAGUGGCGGUGGUUGGACGGGACGGACCGGUUCCGGAGCAAUGAUUUCCGGACCGUUGUUGGACGCGGGAUCGUUGUCG